UUUAAAGAUUAACUUCCGUAGCAACAAAAAUGUCAAAUAAAGACGUUGACGCUAUUCCAAUCAAAACAAUUACUAAAAAAAAAGGAUUGCCAAGUAUUUCAACGAACCCUGAUACUGAAACAGUAGAAGAUAGUGUACCUGUCAAACGGAAGAAAAGAAGAACGCCAGUAGAUGCCGAUAAAGUUGAAGCUCCCACUACCGAUAACCGUAGUAGUAACGAGAACAAGCCAACACCUAGAAAAAGACGUCAGCCAACAAAUCAAGCUACUACUGCUGAGGAAAGCACACCAGUUUCUUUAACUGCAGAUAAACCUGUCAAAAAAAAGAAACCAAAAGCUGCCAGCAAAGAGCCUUCGGAUGCUACAGCUAGUCCUUCUGCAGGGGAGGCUAAUCAAACUAAGGAAGGACAAGGCAGUAAAACAAGCUUGAUCACAAGAGAUGAUGACACCCCCAGAAAAAAACAGCCCAGGAAGAAGAAAAAGGCAAAGAAAUCUGAAGCAGUUGCAGAUGAAUUUGGUGAUACCCCUUGGGCAGAAGAUUUGAGAACCAUGAGAGAAGAUAUCAUCUCAGCUGACAGUCAGGUCAAAGAGGAGCAAGAGCUCGGAGAUACAGUGGAAGAGAAGAAACAGCCCAUUUCAUUUAUCACCCCACAAGUACUGCGUAGCCAGCCUUUGGAUAAAAUUUUUAUUGAGACCAGCAAUAGAUUCAAGGGACAGAACAAGAGCACUUUGUCACGGCAGCAGUUUGUAGAGACAUUCCGGCCCAUUGAACCAAAGCCCAUCUCCAGAACCACCACCAUCGACUUCGCCAUCGCUUCCCACAAGAUCUUCAGAGUGGUCACCCUUUUCCUACAGGGACUUACUGCGGGCUUAUCCUUGUGGCACAUGGUGAUGAUCUACGUGCUGUCUUCCUUUUCCAGCGAUGACUUCCUGCAACACUACUAUCGUGUCUCCAUGCCUUUACAUUGUUCUUAUUACUUCCUGUUGAUAAUUUUGACUGUAUCAGCCUGCGACAGAUUCGACUUAGGCAAUCCUACCAGAAGAUUUCUGCUCAGAGCAUUCACCUUGCAGAAUGGAGCUGUUGCCAUCAUCUUCAGUCUAGUGGCCUUAAUUCUAAAUGUUGUCCUUAUCAAGUAUGAUGAUAGAAUGUAUUUGUAUAAGGAGUUCACUGACCUAUAUUCAAGUGAAUCGGAAAAAGCCAGUGACAUCUCAACAUUCCAGUCUAUCAACACAGCUCGAAGUGCAUUCAUCAUUCUGACUUGGCUUGUCUUGUCACUAACGCCUGGCUCAGACAGGCUGGGUAAAAACUUAAGGUCAGGAGAAACUGGCCUGGAAAGAGACCAUGACCUGGACAAAGUUUCAGCGGCCUAACAGAGUCUCUGUGACUCCUCUCUCUACCUCUUCGUCAUCCCGGAAGUCUUGUCGACCUAUUUGUAUAAAAUCCACAAAUUCUGUACAUUUUCAAGUGCAUAAUGUUUAUACAUGUUAUGUAACACUGAGAAAUGUUAAAUCUGUGAUAUUUCCUAACCUGAGCUUAUUUUGUUCAGCUGGUUAGUUGUUUGUUUUUUAUUCCAGAGCAUGAAUGAUAGCAAUGGACAUUUUUUGGGAGGGAAAUUUUAUUGUACCAAAUAAUAAGUUGGCUAACUGUAUUUUUUUUUUCAUGUUUAGAUGGCUACUGUUAAUAUAUAAACGGUAAUUAAUUCUCAAUCUAAUAUUUGGAUACUUCACCAGCGAUGUCCAGAAACUUUAGUGAACAGGCACUGGAACAGCUCAACAGAAAAUAUAUAUUGGGUUGUUUAUUCUAUACUUGGCUUUUUUUCUUUUUGCAUAUCUAAUGUAUAUAGAUUUAGUAGAUUUGAUAUAAAUUUUUUUGCUUCAAAAAAAAAAAAAAAAAGAAGAAGAAAGGAGGAGAUAUGAUUGUGAAGACUUCCUUUCUUCUUGUAUAAAACUUGAUUGGUAGAAUUUGGCAGUAGUUUUUUUUUCCAUAAUCUUGUACAUCACAUAGUAAAAAAUCAAAUACCCAGUUUUAAAUAUAAUUUUUUUUUAUUUGUUGGUCUUGCAUUUUUUUCAUAAUACACUAGUUACCUUUCAAUUAGAGAAAGUCUCAAGAAUGUAAAUCAUUUGUUCUUCUAUUACUUGUGAGCUAUUUUACUAUUUUAUACCCCUGCUCGUUCUUUAAAGUUGGAAUCUCAUGGCUGCAUGAAUGUAUUCUUAUUUUGAAGAAACUGCAUCAUUUUCUUUUUUUGUUCUCUGUAUUUUAUUAGCAAUUUUAGUUUAGUAACUGUUAAAUUAUAUGAUUCAUGUUAGUUUUAUGCUUUAUCUUCAUUGUUAUGAGAAAUUACUAGUACAUUCAAUUUUUAAUCAUAUUCAAUUGUAUAUACUAUACCAUUAAAUAUUAACAUAGACGGUUUCAAAGGAAUAUUUAAUAAUAAAAAUAAUCUUUUUUGAUCCAUUAAGAAAUGUGUCUCACACUUUGUGCAUUACACCAAUUUUGAGACCAGUUCUUUUACUCAAGUCUACCUUAAUUGUUUUGGACAAGUAAAUUUUAAAAUGUAUAUGUCUGUCUUGUGACUGAUUAAUUGGUGCUUAUCACUGUUUAUCAUCAUUGAAAUAAACCCCUUUUUUUUUUUAUUUGUCUCUUACUAAGGCUUUUGUUGUAUGUUAGUUUGCCUUUUUUGAAAAUUUUUUGUUUUUAUUUCAAUAGAUGUCAGUUACAUGCGCCAGAUACUGUGCGAACCAGAAACUUGGUUGAAAGUUUGUCAACAAAUGAGCCUGUUACAUUCUGAUUAUAGUGUUUGUCAAACAAAAUUAGAUCAUUUUUAACAAGUUUUUUGUGUCUUUAUCGUGGUUUCUGUAGCAGUAAUUUAGUGAUAUGAGGUUGCUAGCUUUUAUCUGGGUUUGGGACCAGCAAAAUCAGUGAAGUUUUGUGUCCUAAAUGUUGAUAAAGUUCCCCUUUCAGAUAAUAUGGUCUAUAGGGCAGAUGAAGUAAAGGUCAUCUGUUUCUGUGUCCCACAGUCAGCAAUGGUGUCAUGUGGCCAGAAUAAUGACCAACCACCUUUACUUUUUUGGUAACCUGUAGACAAGCAACUUAAAAGAUCCCGAAAUAAAAAAUCCCAGUCUUCACCAGGUUUUGAAUCCGGGACCAUCAGGUGGAGAAGCCAAGCACUUUAAAUUACCAUUCAGCCACCACACCUAGAAUGUUGAUAAUUAUCAUCAAAUUACAUUUUUUUGUUCCUUUUCUGAAAACAAAAUUGUUUUACCCAGAUACAGUUGUUUUUUUUAACAGCGUCAGACAUUUAUGUUCACUGAAACUGAGUAAUCAUAAGUUUUAUUGCGGCCAUAACUUGAUUCCGUCCAGUGAUAUCUUUGAUUGUUUUGUACAAUAAACUCUGUACAUGAUUGAA